AUGCAAGUUUUUUCUUUAUUUUCAACCAUUGCCCUGGCCAUUGUGUUACUCAUCUCCUUGUCGAACGAUCUGGUAUCAGCUACUGUAACGGUAGAUCAAAGGAUCCAUCCAAGAGCAAGAUUAUCCAAGAGAGGUCGACACUAUCGCGAUUACUUUACUAGCGACAAUGAGCCAAGAGGACCACCUCCUUCACCUCCAUCAGCUUUACCAGCUUUACCAGCUUUACCGGGAUUACCAGGAUUACCAGCUCUUCCUGCGUUGGCACUGCCCCAACUACCUACACUGCCAACAGCUCCAGUUCCAGCAGUUCCAGCAUUACCAAAGACGCCCGCACUUCCCAAUCUUGGAGGCAAAUCGGGUGGCGGUAGUGAAGAUGACGAGGAAGAUGAAGAUUAA